AGUUCGACGGCAUAUGAAGAUUUCCAUCACCCAUUCCUAUGGCCCCCCAACCGCCCCCCAACCACCACCAUUCAUUGGCAUCUCUUUUCUCUUCUCUUGUUAUUGUGCACCGAGCUUAUCAUAUAAACCAAAAAAGAAAACAAAUAAAUACAAACCUGAUCGCAUCCACCACUCGACUCUCCACUCUCUCAACAAUGAACAUGAAUAGUCCCUUUGAAGCUCAAGGCACAGCCCAGGCCAACAAUCCUUAUGUCCAUUAUUCGCCUGUUCCAGCGACAUCGAAUUCUUCUACCAAGCGUCCGAUGGCUAAUAUGGUUGAGGCACUGAGCCAGUGCGGUAAAAGGGUUGAAGUUGCCACCAGAAGAGCAGAGGCCAUGGCGGAUAAUGUCUGGAACCACUUGAGAAUGUGUCCAAGUUUCACAGAAGCAGCGAAGGCAAGGCUAAAUACCGGCACAAAGGUGCAUACUACCGGAGGACAAGAAAAAGUAUUCCAGCAGACAUUUGAAAGAAUUACAGGAGAGAAGCUCUUACAUUCAUAUGCUUGCUAUCUAUCAACUUCUCAUGGAUCUGUGAUUGGGAUGCUGUACAUCUCCAAUGUACGAAUAGCCUUCUGCAGUGAUUUCUUACACUAUUUGUCCCCAGGACAUCCAACUUCCAUGCAUUACAAGGUGGUGGUGCAGCUUGAUUAGUUAAGAACAUAAAUCCUUCAACAAACAUAUGGAACCCUUCAGAAAAGUAUAUACACAUUGUCACAAGAGAUGGUCAUGAAUUCUGGUUCAUGGGGUUCAUAUCCUAUGACAAGGCCUUCGGUAAUCUUAGCUGAGCUAUACAGCUAUCUCAGAAUAAAUGAAGGAAACGACUAAAUAACUCGAGUUAAUUCAGACAGAUUGGAAUGUAAAACGUUAACACCACUUUAAAGUGUAACUACACUUUCCCAUGAUCUGUUUUGCUCAUCUGCCAUUUUCUACUACUUUUUAUGAAAGCCUAACAUGCCUAAAGUUAGUUGAAGCUUUAUACACAAGACACAGAAAAACAGAAUAUCUUUAAUCAACUCUCUAGCAAGUAUAGCAAGUACAAUAUUCAUUUGGAAAAGCAUUAAUCUUGGGAAAUUAUUUCAGCACACGCCUUUUUCCUUCUGCACAUCCUUGUGUAUUUCUGUCUCUUGAUUCUGCUUUCAUUUGUUCGAUCCAAAGGCCAGAAAUACAAAGGCAUUUGUAAGAAGCUGAGAAAAGAGGUGUGUGGAAAGCAUUUUUCUUAAUUUUUGCAACAUCAACACCCCUUGAAAACAAGCAGAGUAAAUCCCUAAAUAACAAGUCUGUAUGGGAUCUUAUAAAAAUGCACUAAGGAACAGAGAACAUACUCUUCAAAUUUAACACCAUGAGGAUUUGAGUUCACUGCCCACAAAUGAAAAUCUGUAAGAUACUGCGAGUAUGAACUUGAGGUACAACUCUCAAAGGUAUAUAAUUAAGUGGAAAAUGAGAUCAAUGUUUUCGGGUAUUUCUACUGAAAUGCUACAAGGCAAUUCUGUAAAAGCCACCAUACGACACCUCCAUAGCCAUGGCCACAAGAAAGAUGAGUUGCUAACAUGGAAUCCCAUUUUGAAUUUCUUGUGUUUUAAAGCAUUCUUGAUCCAAGCUGAGUCCCUGAACUACCAAAUGUUCACAAGAUACCUUACAAAUCUCGAAUCCAAGUUAUCUAUUGCAUCAAAACAUACUGAAAAUAAUCAACAUCUUGCCCAGAUGCAUCACUCUCAUGUUCAGGGACAUGAAUACUUUUCCAAGAGUUCGCUCUCAAUGAGAACAUCUCCAUAUACAAAACAGUCUCAAAAUUCCUAGUAAGAUCAGCUACUAAGAGCUUAUAGUAGCCGACGCAUAACCCAAACCAUAAAUCGAAAAUUGCAUUCCUGUUGAUGGGUUACGGAGAUACAAGUCCCAACAACCAUCAACAGAUACCAAUACAAGACCAUUGCAGGAGCCCAGUAGGUAAGUAAACUUAGGAUGCUUGGAGGUCACGGUUUGAAAGGUAUUUGUAACCGAAGAAUCAUCUCGAAUGGUGGCGCUUCCAAGCCAAGGGAAUGGAGUGAUUGAGAGGCGACGGAGACGAGAUAAUUUUGACUGAGGGUUGGAGAUGAUAGAAUGCUCACUAUAAUCUCCUCAGGAAAGUAGACGCACGCUUGGAGUUUCUUCUUAGUCGUCAUUGGAAUUGAUGACACACACGAAAUGGGUUAGGGUUAGGGUUUAAGGUGGCAAGUAGAAAUUUACGAAAUAACCUACAAUAUAAAACAUAAUCCCCAUUAGACCCUCUGACAGCUAUAACAUAUCAUAUGGUUUCCCCUGGCUUUUUCUUAAUCGGUGCUGGGGUUAACCACUGGAUUUUGA